AUGGCUAACCCAAUUCUGAUUCGUCCAUGGUCUCGCUUGGCCUCUUUGCGCUCUCCUUCUGCUGCAGAGUCACAGCCAAAACCUCAGCUUCCACAACCUUCUCUCCAAACAACAAACACCAAUGCCACUGUCACCAAAUCCCUACCAACAACACCAGUUCGCUCACAAAACCUCAAAUCUACUACCCCUAUGAUCUUUCCACCUGCCAAAUUCAAGGUUCACCCUCAACCGGUGGUAGAACUCACCAUUGAAAAGCCUGAUGGCAAGGACAAUGCUUCGGUGAAGCAUGAAUCAGAAGAAACUAAAAACCAGAACCAUGUCAUCGACCCAACUGAAACCAAAGGGAAAGGUAUUCACACAAAGCUCUCAGAGGGUCGUGGCGUAAGGGUCGUAACCAUUUCAGGGGAAAACAGAGGUGCUUACAUGCAAAUAGCACGACCCCACAAGAAACAGCCCAUUCACAAGACGGGGAAUUCUGACGGUGAGAAAGUGAGAACAGUAUCUUCUCCUCCAAACGGAGCUCUGUAUGGGAACAGCAACGUGCAGUGUGUCAACAACUCAAUGCUGUUCAACGCUAGUUUGAGCCACCACGAACCAGGAGUGCACCUUGUUACCAAAAAAGCCAUUUGGUAA